UCCUGUUUGUUGUCGGAGAAAGGAGAGAAAGGAAAGCGCGAGGAGCCGCCGCCGCCGCCGCCGCCGCCAGCGCCGCCGUGCCGGAGCUGAGGGGACCCGGGCCGCCGCCCCGCCGCGCCUCCUGCCCGCUGCCGGCUCCCUGUGCUCGGACUCACUCCAACAGCCUGUUAAAACAUGGUGGAUUACUAUGAAGUUCUAGGCGUGCAGAGACAUGCCUCAGCUGAGGAUAUUAAAAAGGCGUACCGGAAACUGGCACUGAAGUGGCAUCCAGAUAAAAACCCUGAGAAUAAAGAAGAAGCAGAGAGAAAAUUCAAACAAGUGGCUGAGGCGUAUGAGGUGUUAUCGGACGCUAAAAAACGAGACAUCUAUGACAAAUACGGCAAAGAAGGAUUAAAUGGCGGAGGUGGAGGUGGAGUCCACUUUGACCAUCCGUUUGACUUUGGCUUCACAUUCCGUAACCCAGAUGACGUCUUCAGGGAAUUUUUCGGUGGAAGGGACCCGUUUUCAUUCGACUUCUUCGAAGACCCGUUUGAGGACUUUUUUGGGAGUCGAAGAGGCCCCCGUGGAAGCAGGAACCAAGGCACAGGGUCGUUUUUCUCUGCCUUCAGUGGAUUUCCGUCAUUUGGAGGAGGGUUUUCUUCCUUGGAUACAGGAUUUACUUCCUUCGGGUCGGCAGGUCACGGGGGCCUCACUUCCUUCUCGUCCACGGCGUUUGGUGGCAGCGGGAUGGGCAGCUUCAAAUCUAUAUCCACUUCUACAAAAAUGGUGAACGGCAGAAAAAUCACUACAAAGAGAAUUGUCGAGAAUGGCGAGGAAAGAGUAGAAGUUGAAGAGAACGGCCAGUUAAAGUCCUUAACGAUAAAUGGUGUGGCGGACGAGGCCGCCCUCCAGGAAGAGCGCCUUCGCAGAGGCCAGAGCGCGCUGCCCUCCCAGCCGGCCAGCACCAGCGGCCCCUCGCCGAGGUCACACGGGCCGGCCGCUCUGCCCAAACACCAGUCUCCGCCCGUCUGCGAAGAGGAGGACGAGUCGGGCAGACAGCGGGCCGCCGGCAGCCCCUGGAACCCCUUCGUGCUCUCUGCAGGACUCAAAGAAGGUGGCAAGAGGAAGAAGCCGAAGCAGAGGGACGAGUCCAAGAAGAAGAAAUCGACCAAAGGCAAGCACUAGGCGGACUCGCGGCCGCGCGCCUGCUGCCGGAGCUGGCGCCCGGCCCGCCCCGUGCCGUAGUGCGGGGCGCGCACGAGUUAGGUAGCGGCACCGCUUGGCCACCGUCCCCACACCGCAGCUUCUCGGCUCGGGACGGCAGGAGACGGGAGUGACGGUCGUGGGCGGAGCCUGUCCGCACUGUCCUCGCGUCUCCCGGCCCCAAAGGCCCCAAAUCCGACAGCGGCUCCCCUGAGGGGGUCGGGGACCCGGCUCCUUCCUUCCGACUGUCGAACACGAUGCCGACUGCUGAGCUGUUGUAGCGUCAGAGGUGUGACUGGUGCAGGCGGGUGAUGGAGUGUGUGUCCACGGAAUGCCUUUCUCUCUUCCCGGCGGGAGAGUCCUUGGAGCUGGUGCGUAGUUAGGGGCGGGGUGACGUCGCACGUCCUGCAUGGAGUCCGCACCGCCAGGGGUCUUCCCUCCGGGUUCCGGGGUGUCCCAGCCGCCUCCCUGGGGGCCCGUGGGUGAGUCUCUAGAUAUAAAGUCAUUCCUUAAAUUUACCGGAGUUUUAAGCUCCGAGGAGCCCAAACAUGACUUCGAAUAUUGUUUAGUUUUUGCAAAUUCCAUCUUUUUCUCUUGGACUCAUGAUUCUCCUUAGCACAUGCACAGGACCCUGCAGAAUUUUGUUCGGUAAUCCCCUCUCUGCUCUUCGUUUGGGUCAUUCUGGGGAGACGCACGUGCGGUAUUCACACACACACACACACACACACACACACACACACUCAGAUUGGAAUGAGGGCGCUGAAGAAAAUAUUUCAGUUGUAAACAUUGGCUCCUCUAAAAACAUCGUUUAUUUUCCUAGCAGUUUUUUUCUGUCCACUUUCCUGCACUUACUUCUUUGCGUGAUCAGCUGCUUCUUAACCCUUUGGUUCUACUGACGCGAUCCGUGCCGCGCCUAACCUUUUCUGCGCGCUUCCUGCCCAGGCCUUUCCUCCGUAACACAAGGGCCAGCUCACACCGCUUGGAAAUGGGGGCUCGGGGCAGAGCUUUGACGUGGUGUGAGAAUGCCGCUGUCGUGAAUGUGGCAGCCACCGGCCCCCGUGGCCCCUGUAGCCAGCCGCGUCACGGUCGUCGUGGGUGUGGAAGCCAGAAACGAGUGUAACUUUGCGACUCUGAGAUGACUGUUAGGGGAGGGGUGCUUUGUUUUGUUUGGCUUUGGCAGGGAGGUGGUGUGGACUGGUAUUACGGCUUACCGUGGAAAAUGUACCCAUGAAAACAUACUGUAUUUUAAGUGCUAUCAGCAGAAAUAAAACGUAAGCGCCGUCUUGGA